AUGUCAACCGAGCCUCAGAAUGGAUCGGCAUACAGUGUCGCUAGUACUCGUCCUGCCGCUUCUUCACAGGAAAUCUCAAGUGACGACGCGUAUCAUUGCAUUACAGCACACCAACUUCAGGACAGACGCAAAACACGUACUUCAAAGCAUUCAAACACCAGUGGAAGACGUAACGACACGGGCUUUAGCAACGGCACCUUUGUGAGCCCCCGAAGUCCACACCACCACUCCAACGGUGGCGAUAAUAUUGCAUACCAUUCGUCUCAUGGGAUGUACGAUGAUUCAUCAGAUGGAUUCCAGUUGGGCACGAUUGAAUAUUCACAAAGCGAUGUGAUAUAUCCAGCCGAAGUCUGUCUCGACGAGUCACAGAAUCCAUCACAUCCAGUUCCAACCUACACCAUGGGCUCCAAUUCGCGGGAAACAGCCAUGCGUGCAUACGAUUACACCUCACCCAUCAUCCAACCUGAAGAAUACAACUAUCAAUCACCAUCGGAUGUUGUGUACGAGGAAGUACGAAAUGAUGGCACUUUCCACAUGCCUACCUCUCCUACAACGCAACGUUAUGUGAGCGAGGACACCCCAGAAGAGCGCAUGCGGCUUGGUCUUCCAAGGUUCCAAACCCGUGAAGAUUCUGAGGCAUAUUACCGUCAGUCUACGUACAGGCGCUAG